CUUCUUCUUACCCUUGCCGCUGCCGCGCAAUUUUUUCAUCCGGCGGAAUUCGCAAAUGUGUGAAAAAGAAUUUAGCUGAAAUAUAACUAAGAUCGGAAUUAUCUACUAGUUGGUGUGGCUAGAGCAGCAGCAUGUCGAGCUUUGUGCUGGAUAAAGAGGCGUUUGUGCGUCGCGUAAAGCGGCUUUACACGGAAUGGAAGGCACCAAGCACUGGACACGACGAUGCCCUGGGCAAUCUGGACUGUAUCAUGAGCGUCGUCGGCUGCGACGAAGAUGUGAUUUACUCCAAGUCCCUGGCCCUUCAGAUCUGGCUGCUUGGCUACGAACUGACGGACACUAUCUCAGUGUUUGCCUCCGAUGCCAUCUACUUUCUCACAAGCAAGAAGAAGAUCGAGUUUCUGAAGCAGGCCCAGAACAUCAGCGAAGAGGGCGUGCCUGAAAUAAAGCUGCUUGUGAGGGACCGGACCGACAAGGAUAAGGGAAACUUUGAGAAGCUCAUCAAGAGCAUACAGAACUCGAAGAAGGGCAAGCGCUUGGGCGUCUUCAGCAAAGAUUCCUAUCCGGGAGAGUACUGCGAGUCGUGGAAAAAGAUACUAAUGGAGUCACAGUUCGAGCACGUGGACAUCAGCACGAUCAUCGCGUACUUGAUGUGCCCCAAAGAUGAGUCCGAAAUCAACAAUAUACGUAAGGCCUCACUGGUGUCGAUGGACAUUUUCAACAAAUAUCUCAAGGAUGAAAUUAUGGACAUUAUCGAUUCAGACAGGAAAGUAAAGCACACAAAGCUGUCGGAUGGGUGUGAUGCCGCUAUUGCCGAAAAGAAAUACACCAGUGGCCUGGAUCCCAGGCUACUGGACAUGGCCUAUCCGCCUAUAAUUCAAUCGGGUGGAUCCUACAGCCUUAAGUUCUCUGCCGCGUCUGAUAAGAAUGUAUUGCACUUUGGCGUGAUCGUUUGCUCCCUGGGCGCCCGCUACAAAUCGUAUUGCUCCAAUAUAUCACGGACUUUCCUUGUCAACCCCACCGAGGCCAUGCAGGAAAACUACACGUUUCUGGUAAAUGUACAGGAGGAGAUUCUCAAGCUGCUCGUGCCAGGUGCCAAGCUGUGCGAGGUCUACGAAAAGACACUGGCCCACGUGAAGAAGGAAAAACCGAAUAUGGUGGAUAAUCUCACAAAGACAUUCGGCUUUGCCAUGGGCCUGGAGUUCCGGGAGAACUCCAUUGUCAUUGGACCCAAGUGUCAGGCGCUGAUCAAGAAGAAUAUGGUCUUCAAUCUGCAUGUCGGCAUCUCCAAUCUCACCAAUCCCGAAGCUGCCGACAAGGAGGGUAAAACCUAUGCCCUGUUCAUAGGAGACACUGUGCUGGUGGGCGAGCAAUCGCCAGCCAGUGUGAUGACCCCUUCCAAAAAGAAGAUAAAAAAUGUCGGCAUUUUCAUCAAGGACGACAGCGAGGAGGAGGAUGUGGAUGAUAAAAAGGCCUCCAAAGAGGAUCAGGGCUCUGAAAUCCUGGGACGCAGUAAAAGGAACGCCGUCCUGGACUCGAAGCUGCGAAAUGAGAUCAACACAGAGGAGAAGCGCAAGGAGCAUCAACGGGAGCUAGCCCAGCAGCUGAACGCUCGCGCCAAGGAGCGUCUGGCGAAGCAGGGAAAUUCCAAGGAAGUGGAGAAGGUGCGCAAGAACACCGUAUCCUACAAGUCCAUCAGCCAAAUGCCACGCGAGCCCGAGGUCAAGGAUCUGAAGCUGUACGUGGACAAGAAAUACGAGACAGUCAUUAUGCCCGUGUUCGGCAUCCAGGUGCCUUUCCACAUUUCCACCAUCAAGAACAUUUCACAGUCCGUGGAGGGCGAGUACACCUACUUGCGUAUUAACUUCUUUCAUCCGGGUGCCACAAUGGGGCGCAAUGAGGGUGGUCUCUAUCCCCAGCCAGAGGCCACAUUCGUUAAGGAAGUGACGUACCGCAGCUCGAAUUUGAAGGAGCAUGGCGAGGUGGUUGCUCCGUCGGCCAAUCUGAAUAACGCUUUCCGCUUGAUCAAGGAGGUGCAGAAACGCUUUAAAACGCGCGAAGCCGAGGAGCGGGAAAAGGAGGAUCUGGUCAAGCAAGAUACGCUGAUAUUGUCCCAGAACAAGGGAAAUCCCAAGCUCAAAGAUCUGUACAUUCGUCCCAAUAUUGUAACGAAACGAAUGACGGGCAGCUUGGAGGCGCACACGAAUGGCUUCCGCUACAUCUCUGUGCGCGGCGACAAAGUGGAUAUCCUCUACAACAACAUCAAGAGCGCCUUCUUCCAGCCCUGCGACGGUGAAAUGAUCAUUCUGCUCCAUUUCCACCUCAAGUAUGCCAUCAUGUUUGGCAAAAAAAAGCACGUGGAUGUCCAGUUCUACACGGAGGUGGGCGAGAUCACCACGGAUUUGGGCAAGCAUCAGCACAUGCACGAUCGCGACGAUUUGGCCGCGGAGCAGGCGGAGCGAGAGCUGCGCCACAAGCUGAAGACGGCCUUUAAGAGCUUCUGCGAGAAGGUGGAGACCAUGACCAAGUCUAUUGUGGAGUUCGAUACGCCAUUCCGUGAACUGGGUUUCCCCGGGGCGCCCUUCCGCAGUACCGUCACGCUGCAGCCCACCUCUGGAUCGCUGGUUAAUCUAACAGAAUGGCCGCCAUUCGUCAUCACCCUGGAUGAUGUCGAGCUGGUGCACUUUGAGCGUGUCCAAUUCCAUCUGCGCAACUUCGACAUGAUAUUUGUGUUCAAGGAGUACAACAAGAAGGUUGCCAUGGUCAAUGCCAUUCCCAUGAAUAUGCUGGACCACGUCAAGGAGUGGCUAAACUCUUGCGAUAUUCGCUACUCGGAGGGCGUUCAAUCUCUGAACUGGCAAAAGAUCAUGAAGACGAUUGUAGAUGAUCCGCAGGGCUUCUUCGAGCAGGGCGGUUGGUCCUUCUUGGACCCCGAAUCCGAUGGCGAAGAGGACAAUGAAACUGCCGAAUCGGAAGAGGAUGAAGCCUACAAUCCCACAGAUGCCGAAACAGAUGAGGAGUCCGAAGAAGAUUCCGAAUACUCAGAAGCCUCUGAAGAUGAGAGCGAUGACAGCGAUGAAGAUCUUGGCUCCGAUGAAGAAUCCGGCAAGGACUGGUCCGAUCUGGAGCGUGAGGCGGCCGAGGAAGAUCGAAAUCACGAUUACCAGCCCACCGAUGACAAGCGCAACGGCACGAAAUUCGAGACGAAAAAGAGCGACAUGAGUUCCAAACACAGUCGACGAGACCGCGAGGAGCAGCGAUCAUCGUCAUCGCACAGUAAAAAGCAUAAGUCGAAUUCCUCUUCUUCCUCUUCGCAUUUAAAAUCCUCCAGCUCCAAACAUGGCAGCUCAUCUAGCCCUUCGAAGUCGUCCAAGGAUAAGUACCACAAUCGGGACAAGCAUCAUUCCUCAUCUUCUGGUCACAAGAGCAGCAGUAAGAGCAAGGACCAUGAUCGGAAGCGUUCGCGGGAGGACAGCCGUGACAAUGGUCACAAGGCGAAGAAGUCUCGUCGUUAAAUGUGGUUUAUGUUAGCAACUGCUGUCUGUUUCAAACUUUCCUGUUAUCUGUUAAAACCCCCACCCCCACCCCCACCCGAACUCCCUUCCUCUGGCCAUCUCCAACUUCUUUUGCACUAAUCCCCCAUUCAUUUUCACCGCUUCAAAGUUGUAUUACAAAUUUCAUAAUUAUAAUACGAUAAUACAUGUAAUAAAUUAAUUUAAGAUACCA